GUUGUCAACAUCCGGUUAUAAAUUGAAAGUAGAGAAGAGAAUAAAUAUUUCGAAUCAGCCUGAAAAAUUUUCAUUUAGAGUAUAAACUAAAGUAACAGAAGUUCUGACACGGUAAAAAAACGAGUUAUAUCUUGAGAACGAUCUCAAACUGUCAAACGGCCUAUCGUCUGCUACUGAGUAGACUUUCUAUGAACCUAAACACGAGCAGUUGGGAUCAGAAUUCAUAUGUUUUUGAGCUUGAACUUGUCGUAAAAGAUGGAGAAUUAUGAUAAGGGGGCAGUGAAAGAAGAACCUAGCCCAUCGCCGUUUGAAGACAAAAAAGAUCUAAUCACUAUGAAGGUCAACACUGGGAGUAAGAUUCGUAAUUUAAUGGGGUUUGCCCUGACCAAGAUGAAAGACGAAACUAUGAGAGAGAUUUGUUGGUACGGUUCAGGGGACGCCAUCGCGAAAACUAUAACUUGUGCUGAAAUUGUGAAACGAAAAAUGAAAAAACUCCAACAGAUUUCCAAAUUAAGAUAUAAAAAAAUCGAAGAGUAUUGGGAACCAAAAAUGGAAGGUUUGGAAAGAUUAAGAAUGAAUAAAAAUAUUCCCGAAAUUUUCAUUCUGUUGUCAAAAGAUCCAUUAGAUUCUUCUGAGCCAGGUUACCAACCUCCAGGAAAUUUGGAACCGUUUUGGAAUGAUGUGGUGGUAAAGAAAAAUCAGAACUCUCAGCGCCAACGUGGCCGUGGAGAUAAAGCAGGAAGUCAGUCUGGAGCUAGUGCUCUGGCUCCCAGGAAUAAAAAUAAAAAACACAAAAAUCCCAAGUAUGGUGAGCAAGUCGUGAAAAAAGCUAAAAAUAUCGAGACAGAGAGUAAAAAAGUACAAACCGUGUUAAGUAAGGACAACACUUAAGAUUUUCUUUAAUAAAAAUCUUGAAAUG